AUGCACCAGGAGAAGGAAGCCAAGAAAGUAGAGGUGAAGAUCAACUGCAGAGACAUCAUAUGCGUCCAGGAUAACUGGGAUGUGGAGGAGUUUGUCUCAAAGGUGUGCAUGGGCAGGUUUCUCAAUCAUCCCGCCUUUAAAAUCAUGCUCGCUGCGCUCAUCAUCUGCAACGCGCUCAUCAUCGCUAGCCGGACGGAGGUGGAGGUCGAAGAGAAAUACUAUGGGUUGUUCUCUGCCAUAGAUAACAUUGUCCUGACUGUUCUUUCCUGUGAAGUGCUUCUCAACUGGUACUAUGGAUUCCAGAUGUACUGGAAGGAUGGCUGGAACGUCAUCAAUUUUUUUAUCGUGGCAUAUCUCUGUGUGGGGCCUUUCAUCUCUGUGCUGAACAACCAAAAGAUUUUCUGGGUCCUCAGGGUGAUGAGGCUGAUGCAUGUCUGCACGCUGGUCAAGGGGCUGGCCAGGAUCAUCCGGGUGAUCCUACAGUCCAUCCCAGACAUGACCAACAUCAUGGUCCUGCUCUUUGCCAUCAUGCUGGUCUUCUCAGUGUUUGGAGUGACUCUGUUUGGAAAUCUGGUCCCGAUGCACUUUGGAAAUCUAGGGGCGGCUUUGUAUUCGCUCUUCACCUGCCUCACGCAGGACGGAUGGAUGAACAUAUACGAGACCUUUGUGGAAGAGGGGAUCGCCCUGAAAAUAGGGGGUGCCCUUUACUUUUUCAUCUUCAUCACGGGCGGGGCCUUUAUCUGCACCAACCUGCUGGUGGCCGUGGUGACGUCAAAUCUCGAGCAGACAAUGCUCACCUACGCCGAGGAGAAGAAGAAAAGAGACCAGCUCCUCUACCCUGACAAGUAUGUGGACCAGGAGUCCAAUGUUGGGGAUGACGACUCAUCUCCGGAGCUGAACCUGGUGCAUUUGAAAGCAGUGAUGCAGGAUACAGCCAUGACACAUCGCCAGAUGCCACUGAUCUAUGGCAACCUGGGCAACCUGACUGAAGCUACCUGUGAUGAUUUCUGUCUCAUCUUGGAAGGGAUCCAAGAGAACCUGAAACGAUACAAAGAGAUCCGGGAUGAGCUUAGCACAAUAGUCAAGGAGGUAAGGUCCAUUGCAUUCAAUAAAGAACAGGAGGAGGAGAGGGUGCUGAGAAACAUGCAGAACACCAACAUCUCCGAUGGCCUGCUUUGCAACGAGGUGGCUGCUGGGAGGUCUGGAGAUAUCCUGUCCACGCUGAUGACUCUGGAGAAGGCGAACAUGAUUGACCCAGAGGAUGUCACGGCAUCAGGGUACCACAGGGGGGCAGUGAAGAUGGCCUUCCUGAAAGCCCGGCGCCAUUCUCUUCUCAGCCAGUCAGUCCCUCCUUAGCCGUGCUGGAGUGGGACCACGGAGCUGUGAGUGGGAAUCGCCCCCUGGACCGUGCAACCGAGGAUCUGUUAGUGGAGCUGCGGCGUAAAUGUUUCCUUUGUAACAAGGGGGGAUUUAUUUGCUUUGCUGAGGAGACGCUUCUGUCUUUGGGAUACCGAGGAGCGAGUGUGGACAAGGGGUCAGCGCUCCAAGGACCACGCAUCAUGAAAUACCAGCUUCUAGGUGGACAAAGCCGGACCUGGAGGAGUGGCAGGAGAUUGGAUUAAUGCCAGGUCUGUCAGGUUUGCUGAGUCCAUUUGGAUGACUCUGAUCUGGCCUGGAGUGUCUCUUGGAUGGAGACCAUGUCCAGAGUAUUCAUGGUCUGGUGCCUCCAAAGCACAAAGCAAAGAACAUCAGGGAGAGAAGAGUUGCUGCAGAGCCCGUGCCUGUGGUCAGAGCAUCGGCUCCCACCCUCUUUCCCAGAGCACUUGGGCAUGUGUCUGUGUAAGUCUCGGGGGAAUUCACCUUUGGGUACCUUUGUAUAGGUGAGAACAGAGCCCUCCAGGUGGUAAGAGCAGGGAUGCAGGAUGAAGCAUUGGGUGUUCAUGCUUGUGCCUGUAAAAAGGGGCUUCUCUUGCAGCAUCAGGAGCGGACGCAAUGUCUAAAUCUGAGAAAUGUGUGGUGGAGCAGAAGAUGUAUCCAUCCCGUUGUCCUGGCUGAUGUCUCCUUGAGACUCUACCAACAGGCAGCUACAGGGAAGUCCAGGGCUAGUUUGCGCAGGCCCUGUCCUGUGCAGUGAGUGGAAAAGGGCUGAUGAAAUUAUUUUCCACUUUUAAUACCCAUUAUCAAGUUCUGGACCAUGUUCCCUGCCUUGGCUGCUCGUGAUGGUGAAUGACACAACCCAGUGAGGUGCUGACAUGUCUCCUGUAUGGGAUUGUUUGACUUUCCAAAGCCAGGAGGUGCUCCGUCUCACAUCUGCAUUUCCCACCCAGUGCUCUGCAAACUCCAGGCGCAGAAGGAGAUUGCUCUGCUUCAGCUGUGUCUGCCCCCAUGUUCUCUGGACUGGAUGCACUCUAGCACUCAUGUAGCCAUGCAUUAAAAUGAGCAGUGUCUGGGGAAAGUAGCUGGUGCCAGCAUAUUUGAGGCUAAUACUUGUCAAGAAAUGCAUGGCUCGUGUCGAUCAGCUGUGAUGCUUGUGCUGGUCUCGGAUGAAUGAUCAUAAUAAAGAGCAUUGAGCUGUGUUUCUGUGGCCGUUAUGUUCCCGUUUCACCUUGUUCAGUGUUUUGAGUCUAAAGGAUGUCUGCCCUGUGACUGCAGUAUAUGUGUGACAUUCUAUAGCUUGGGGGAGCAUCCUGUAACCCCCAUAUUCCUCAUUUUUAUAUAAUUGUGAUCUUACGUAUAAAGCAGGCCACGUGAGGUAUCAGCGUAAAGGCUUUGAUCUGCUGAAAAUCAUUUCUCUAUCCAUAUAUGUGUAUCAUUAAUGCAUAUGAAGUUAUGAGAAUUGUGUUGGAUGGUUUUCACUAAAACAUGCUGUAAGUUGGGUAAGCAGCCAGAUAUUAGCUCCUCGGAGGCAACAGCAAGGGAAGUAACCAACACCCGGGCAAGGUGACAAACAACCAUUGUCCACCAAGGGAGCUACAAUUCAAUGACCCACCUACAUGAGGCCACAUGCUCAGCCUUGCCUGGAGACUCAGCAAUGCUCCCCAAGCACAUGGGACUGAAGCUAUAAAACAGAACACAGUGGCCACAUUCUGGGCCUUUCUCCUUCACCCACCUAUGCUGCAAGCAACAAGGACACUGAACAAGACUUGGGACUACAACAGAGGAGACUGGCCCAGAUUUAAGGGACAAAUCUGUAUAGUAAGGACUGCAGUAUCCAGUGGGGUGAGAAAAACUGCUUAAUCUACAUGUUGCCCAGUCUAAUAGGGUUCAGAGAUUAGACUGCAUGCUUAUAUUUUCUUUUCUUUUGGUAACUAACUCUGACUUUUUGCCUAACAGUUAUAGUCACUUAAAAUCUAUCUUUUGUAGUCAAUAAAUUUGUUUAACUGUUUAUCUUUACCAAUCAGUUUAUAUGAAGUGUGGGGCAAAUCUUCUCAGGUUUUGCAAAGACUGGUGUAUAUCCACUUUCCAUUGAUGAAGUGGUGAACCAAUUAAUAGAUCUGCAUUGCUCACCUUGAGUAGUGCAAGGUGGUAUAUUACUAGGGUACAGUGCCUGUCCUGUAGUAGGUGACUUCUGGGUACUCUUCUGGCUCUGUCAAUCUGUUUCUUCACUUCAGCAGGUGGGUAUUGUAGUUCUAAGAAUGCUUGAUAGAGAUCUUGUAGGUGUUUGUCUCUGUCUGAGGGGUUGGAGCAAAUGUGGUUGUAUCGUAGAGCUUGGCUGUAGACAAUGGACCAUGUGGUGUGGUCUGGGUGAAAGCUGGAGGCAUGUAGGUAGGAAUAGCAGUCAGUAGGUUUCCGGUACAGGGUGGUGUUUAUGUGACCAUCGCUUAUUAGCACUGUAGUGUCCAGGAAGUGGAUCUCUUGUGUGGACUGGUCCAGGCUGAGGUUGAUGGUGGGAUGGAAAUUGUUGAAAUCAUGGUGGAAUUCCUCAAGGGCUUCUUUUCCAUGGGUCCAGAUGAUGAAGAUGUCAUCAAUAUAGUGCAGGUAGAGUAGGGGUGUUAGGGGACGAGAGCUGAGGAAGCGUUGUUCUAAGUCAGCCAUAAAAGUGUUGGCAUACUGUGGGGCCAUGUGGGUACCCAUAGCAGUGCCGCUGAUUUGAAGGUAUACAUUGUCUCCAAAUGUGAAAUAGUUAUGGGUGAGGACAAAGUCACAAAGUUCAGACACCAGGUUUGCCCAGAAGUCACCUACUACAGGACAGGCCUAACAAAGAAAAUAACAGAACGUCACUAGCCGUCACCUUCAGCCCCCAACUAAAACCUCUCCAACGCAUCAUCAAGGAUCUACAACCUAUCCUGAAGGACGACCCAUCACUCUCACAAAUCUUGGGAGACAGGCCAGUCCUUGCCUACAGACAGCCUCCCAACCUGAAGCAAAUAUUCAUCAGCAACUACAUACCACACACCAGAACCACUAACCCAGGAACCUAUCCUUGCAACAAAGCCCAUUGCCAACUGUGCCCACAUAUCUAUUCAGGGGACACCAUCAUAGGGCCUAAUAACAUCAGCCACACUAUCAGAGGCUCGUUCCCUUGCACAUCUACCAAUGUGAUAUAUGCCAUCAUGUGCAAGCAAUGCCCCUCUGCCAUGUACAUUGGUCAAACUGGACAGUCUCUAUGUAAAAGAAUAAAUGGAAACAAAUCAGACAUCAAGAAUUAUUACAUCUCUCUGGUCACGCGAUUACAGACAUGAAAGUUGCAGUAUUACAACAGAAAAACUUCAAAACCAGAGUCCAGCGAGAGACUGCUGAAUUGGAAUUCAUUUGCAAAUUGGAUACAAUUAACUUAGGCUUGAAUAGAGACUGGGAGUGGCUAAGUCAUUAUGCAAGGUAACCUAUUUCCCCUUGUUUUUUCCUACCCCCUUCCCCCUCCCCCCAUUCCUCAGACGUUCUUGUUAAACCCUGGAUGUGUGCUGGAGAUGGCCCACCUUGAUUAUCAUACACAUUGUAAGGAGAGUGAUCACUUUGGAUGAGCUGUUACCAGCAGGAGAGUGGGGUGGGGGGAGAAAACCUUUUGAAGUGAUAAACACCCAUUUUUUCAUGGUCUGUGUGUAUAAAAACAUCCUCACUGCAUUUUCCACUUUUAUGCAUCCGAUGAAGUGAUCUGUAGCUCACGAAAGCUUAUGCUCAAAUAAAUUGGUUAGUCUCUAA